GCGGCCCGGCGGCCGCCGCUAUGGAGCAGUGCGUGACGGUGGAGCGGGAGCUCGAGAAGGUGCUGCAGAAGUUCUCGGGCUACGGGCAGCUCUGCGAGCGCAGCCUCGAGGAGCUCAUCCAGUACGCGGGCGGGCUGCGCCGCGAGAUCCUGCAGAGCGAGAAUCAAGAUGGAGACUUGUCAGGGACAAUUUCACUUGUUAUGACGCAGUGUUGUAAAAGAAUAAAAGACACAGUUCAAAAACUGGCCUCUGAUCACAAAGACAUUCACAGCAGUGUUUCCCGGGUUGGAAAAGCCAUUGAUAAGAACUUUGACUCUGACAUCAGCAGCGUGGGGAUAGAUGGGUGCUGGCAGGCCGACAGCCAGCGCAUCCUCAACGAGGUGAUGGUGGAGCACUUUUUCCGGCAGGGAAUGUUGGAUGUGGCCGAGGAGCUUUGUCAGGAAUCUGGUCUAUCAAUAGAUCAAAGUCAAAAAGAACCGUUUGUGGAGUUAAAUCGAAUAUUGGAAGCAUUAAAAGUUAGAGUUCUGAGACCUGCACUAGAGUGGGCCGUAUCCAACAGGGAAAUGCUUAUGGCACAGAACAGCUCCUUGGAGUUUAAGCUGCACAGAUUAUAUUUCAUUAGUUUAUUGAUGGGCGGCACUGCGAAUCAAAGGGAAGCACUUCAGUAUGCGAAAAACUUCCAGCCCUUUGCCCUAAAUCAUCAGAAAGACAUUCAGGUUUUGAUGGGCAGCCUCGUGUACCUGCGGCAGGGGAUAGAGAACUCUCCCUACGUUCAUCUAUUAGACGCCAACCAGUGGGCCGACAUCUGUGACAUCUUCACGAGAGACGCCUGUGCCCUCCUGGGGCUCUCCGUGGAGUCACCCCUCAGCGUUAGCUUUUCAGCAGGUUGCGUAGCGUUACCAGCUCUAAUUAAUAUCAAGGCUGUGAUAGAGCAGCGACAGUGCACGGGGGUUUGGAACCAGAAGGACGAGCUCCCGAUUGAAGUGGACCUUGGUAAAAAGUGCUGGUAUCAUUCAAUAUUUGCCUGCCCCAUUCUUCGUCAGCAAACAACAGAUAAUAAUCCACCUAUGAAAUUAGUCUGCGGUCACAUUAUAUCAAGAGAUGCUUUGAAUAAAAUGUUUAAUGGCAGCAAGUUGAAAUGCCCCUAUUGUCCGAUGGAACAGAGUCCUGGAGACGCCAAACAGAUAUUUUUCUGAAGAAGAGUUUCGUUAAUGCAGUUUGUAAGUGACACUCUGAAUUUCAGGUGCAUUUUGGGAGAAUUAAAACACCCUUGUUCCAUUUUAUGCAGCAGACUGAGGACUAUGUUUGUAUAAGCUAAUGCUACAGAAACUUUGCCAACAUUUAGUAUAUAUGUACCAAGUGGAAAUGCUACAGAAAUAUUAUUACCAUAGGGCUUUACUAUACUCUUGGUCUCCAUACCUGAUCAAGUUACUACACCAGCAGUUCUCAUUCAAUGCAGGUUUUUGUACUUAAUUAUAUGGUGACUUUUUACUUUUUAAAAGCAGAAAUGGAUCACCCCCCAUAUGUUUAAUAUUCUUCCUGCUAUUAUUCUGUCAUUCUGUUGAAAACUGUCACCUUAGAGAAUGUUUGUGGAAAAAGUUUUAUUUCCUGUAAUGUGUACAUAAUUAAAAGUAAAUACUUCAGAAAAAAAAAAGAGUUUGAUAAAUUGAAUAGUGGUUAUAGAACUAAUUUGUAUUUUUUUCGCUGAAAAAGCUGUGAUAUAUUCUGAGUUUUUCUUUCAAACAUUUUUUCAACUUUUACAUAGAUUUCAAAGUAAAUGUGCAUAUAUAUAAAAUAUAUAAAAUAUAUAGCCCCAAGGGGCUAGCUGUUUAAAUCCAUCACUAAUUUAUAAGGGUGGUGUGUGGAUAAAUUACUACUGGAACAGAGUGGGAAUAGGGAAUCCUGUUCCUUUGGUUUCAUGAUCAAGACAUGUUUGUGUAAGCGAAUAUUCAAUAAAAGGAACUUCUGAAGUGGAAAUGCUUUUAGUUGAUGACAUUUGCUCUUGGGCCUUUGUAGUCAUGUUCUUUGAACUUUGUAUUCAAGAUUAGGCUAUAAAUGUCAUGUUGCUGUAUAGUUUAAUAGUCAUUCUAGUGUGUUAUUUAUAAACAGUUAUCAAAGCUAAAUAAAUUGUAGAAGUAUUCAUUGUUAAAUGGGGGAAAAGCAUGAUCUGAUGCAAUCUACUGAUCACAACUCUGCACUUUGCAGGUUUGGGCCCUACAUCAUUAUAUUAGAAGGUAGCAAAUUUUCUGUAGCUUGAGAACACUUUGCUUCUAGCCUUGUUUUUGUAGUAGACUAUUACUGCCAUUGCCACUUUUUCUGCUAAAUUUGUCAUAUUGUUGACUAGAUAAAUUUGUACUCAUAAACCAGAUGUAGAUCAUGGCAGUUCAAAUCUUUUCUAGUGUGCAUAUAUUUGUAUUUAUUGCACUGUCCUAUAGUAGGGCAAGCAGCCAUAAGGCAUGCAAAGCUACAUGUAAAAUAUAUAUUUCUGUAUUGUGUAGUAAAGAUUAAAAAAAAAAAAAAAAAA